GGCUGCUCUGAGGCGCAUAGUCCCGGACACCAGGGUGCCACGCACGCGCUGAAGCCCCUAGUGCUCUCAAGGCUUCCAGCUAAUCAUGCCCCAGCCGCCCGCAGCUGCCUUGCCGCUGCCUGUGCUGCUGCUGCUGCUGCUACUCCUGGUGGUGCGGACGCCGUCCCCGGCUGGCGCGCGGCCAUCCCUAGGCCCCGAUUACCUGCGGCGCGGCUGGCUACGGCUGCUGGAGGAGGGCGAGGGCUGCGCUCCCUGCCGGCCAGAAGAGUGCGCCUCGCCGCGGGGCUGCCUGGCCGGCCGGGUGCGCGACGCGUGCGGCUGCUGCUGGGAAUGCGCCAAUCUCGAGGGCCAGCUCUGCGACCUGGACCCCAGUGCCCACUUCUACGGGCGCUGCGGCGAGCAGCUUGAGUGCCAGUUGGACGCUGGUGGCGACCUGAGCCGCGGAGAGGUGCCCGAGCCGCUCUGUGCCUGCCGCUCGCAGCGCCCUCUCUGCGGUUCCGACGGCCGCACCUACGCUCAGAUCUGCCGCCUGCAGGAGGCGGCCCGCGCUCGGCCGGACGCCAACCUCACCGUGGCGCACCCCGGGCCCUGCGAAUCGGAGCCCCAGAUUGUGUCACACCCAUAUGACAUUUGGAACGUGACGGGGCAGGAUGUGAUCUUUGGCUGUGAAGUGUUUGCCUACCCCAUGGCUUCCAUCGAGUGGAGAAAGGACGGCUUGGACAUUCAGCUGCCAGGGGAUGACCCCCACAUCUCUGUGCAGUUUAGGGGUGGACCCCAGAGGUUUGAGGUGACGGGCUGGCUGCAGAUCCAGGCUGUGCGUCCUAGCGAUGAGGGCAUCUACCGCUGCCUGGCCCGCAAUGCCCUUGGCCAGGUUGAGGCCCCAGCUAGCCUGACAGUGCUCACACUGGACCAGCUGAACUCCACAGGCAUCCCCCAGCUGUCAUUCCUGCACCUGUUUCCUGAGAAGGAGGCUGAGAGUGAAGAGGCCGAGGAUUACUACUAGGUCCAGAGCCGUGGCCCAUGGGGGUGGGUGAGUGGGGGUAGUUUUCAACCCUGCUCUUGAAAAGAUCUGGAAAGGAGGAGCAGGGCCCCUUCACAGAUUGCUUUAAUGCCCUUAGUAGGGGAGAUGUGAUGGUGGUGGGAGAGACAAAAGUUGGAGGGUAAGGAGAGCGGCAGAGACUAGGGGAGGUGGGAUGCAGAGGGGCCCAUGCAGGAGUGCUCUGGCCAGGACAGUCUCCUGUGUGGACCAGCCAGGCAUUAGGCAGUAGCUGCCUGCUGGUCUCUAGGCUGAGUGGGGAGUGGGGAGUAGGGGUGGGGAGGAGUGGAGCUGACACAAAGGGGUGCAGACACCAGGAUCCUCUACUUCUUUCCAGCAGCCCUCCCUCCAGCUCUGCUCAGCCAGUCUUCUGACUGCCCUUCUGCACAGCUCCUGCUGUUAUUUUCCUAGUCCCCAGUCUUUGCCUAACCUCAGUCUACCCUUUCUCGAAACUCACCUUCUAGAAAAUCUCCCUCUCUCUAAGUCCCAAUUGCACAUACUAACUGCAGUCCUCUUUGCUGUUUGCCAUCUGCUGUCCAGGAAGGCACGAUGGAGCGUGGUUUAGCUCAGUGCAGUAAGAUGGGCAUUUGGGCAUGUCUGAUUUUCCUGUCAUUCUGGGAACUCCAUGAGGGCAGUACCAUAUAUUAUACCACUUUGUACUGGACGAUGCCUAGCACAAGACUAGGCACA